CGAAAAGAGUUUUGUUGUUGUUUUAAAAACACGUCAGUGAAAUUCAGAACUUUUCCUAAAAGUUAAGUUUAAACAAGUUUUAAAAGUUAAUUUAAAAUGCUUUUAUACAGAUUUUUGACAGUUCUUCUGACGAGUUUUGUUAUCGAAACGGGUUCGGUUUCCGGAGAUGAAGUAGCUUCCAAAAACGCCGAAAACAAGCUGAUAAUAACUGAUAAAAUUUAUUCCAACAUAUUUGUGCGUAAGCGCGAAGAACACAAAUUGGUGGUGAAGCAUCUUCUCUCAACAGAAGACUAUGCCAAAAGAUUCGAUCUGCUGAAGCUUGCCUUGAAGGAAAUUAUCCGGGUCAUCCAAGAAGACGGAGAAAACUUACGCAACAACGAGUUAGCCGAGGGAUCCGCGUUUCCAAAAAACCCCGAGUUGGUCGAUUCGUUAGCGCGAUAUCUGGAAAACACGUGCUUCUUCGGCGAGCUCGUGCUACACAUUCCGGACAUGUCCUACCGGAUACUGAAGGGCGUCGAUGGAUGGCGCGACCUCUUGAUCCGGGCACUCGAGUACACGCGCAGUUUCGUUAACAUCCUGGACCAGAAAUCGCUGGAAAUGUUGGGACUUUUGGAGCAGGAGAUAGACGAGGGUAAACGGACGGACAGUUACGUGAAUCCCUACCGGGAACGUGCCAACGAAUCUUCCAAGAGCAAGGAGACCAAGAAGAAAAAGAAGGCCAACAUCAAGAAGGGACCGCAGCUGUCGGGAGGAGCAAAGACUGAACUUUAAAGCAAGUAGGUGCCUCGUUUAUUUCAUUCAAAAUCUUAUAUAUUUUACAUUUAAUCG